AUGGCUGCAAAGGGUGCGAUGCCGAAGGGCGGUGCGAGGAAUGACGGAGGCGCAGAGGCUGACGACUGGCGCAAAGGUAGGAACACAAGGCGGUUGCAGUGGCAGCGCUUGAAAGCAUCUUGCUUGGUGGACAAGACGAUCUUCGGCGAAGAAUCGGACGCGGAGGUUCAGGAUUCCUUCGAUCAGGACAUACAGCUCUUCGUGCUGGAAGACCAGGGGAGAAGGAACUCCGGUGGCAGUGAGAAAGCUGCUAAGGCCGACCAGAAUCAGAAAGAGGCUAUCUUCGAUUCAAAAGCUCGCCAAGGUCUGAAAAUCAAGCUCUCCAAGUUCUUGGACGCCCGCGACCAAGAUCACUUCUGCGACAGCCUUCGUCGACUGGACCUUGAGGCCCUGAAAGAGACAUUCCAGAACGAAGAGGACCGAGACAUAUUCGGGUUGGUUGUGGACGAGGUGGUGAAGAUCGGCACGGAGCACAAGGAGAAGCUCCUUCAAACUGGCGCGAAGACGACGUUUGUCUGGGAUGAAAACUGCGAGGGCUUCUGCAAGAAGUUGAUGGAAAUACCAUUUGCCAAAGAGCGGCUGCAAGCACUGAAGGAGCACCUGUGCCUGGAAGCCGGGUUUAAAGAAACCGAGCAGCACAUCGAGUAUGUCGCGAAGCCGGUGGAAGCCGUACUGUCAUGCACAGCUUUCGAGAAGAUCAUGCGCAGGAUCCUCAGAAUUGGCAACAUGGCCAAUACCGGACACAAGCUACUCGGAAAUGCAAUCGGCUUCGACGUGGUGAAGUUUCUAGAGGAGAAGUUGUACGAGACGUACAAGCCCAACGGCAAGACAUUGCUGUCGUUCCUCAACGACCAUGUCUGCAGUGACAGUGACAAGGAAGAGAUCAAAGUCCUUGCCGAAGAGCUCUCCGAUUACGAAAAGAAGGGUACUAAAGAGCCUUGCAUCGUGAAGGAGCUGAAGACAUAUACGGACAACCUCUAUGGACAGUACUCGAAAUUGCUCUCAGCCCUGAAAGAAGCCUGGAAGCGACGCCAAGAUGCCCAGCAGGAGGGUGAGGAGGCGGAAAAGACGAUAAAGCAAGAGAUGGACACGCUCAUGAGGUACAAGGCCAUCGUAGAACAUCAUCGAGCGACGUGUGCCGACUUGGAGGCGAAGCGAGUUGACGUAGUCAAGAAUGUGGAAGAGUUGCUUCGUCGUCUCGCCCACGAGCCGGCAGAAAAGAACUGCAUAGGCCCCUCGCUGGCCGUUAUUGGGGCCUUCGCGAAGAAGCUGCAAGAUCUGCAGCAGGUGUCUUCAAGACGGACAAGGGCUAGAUCCAGCAGAUCAAGCGUAUCGAGCUCAAUCACAAGAUUCUGUGGCGCUCCACCUGACACUUCCCCUGCUGAGCUGACCGAGCACUGA